AUGGCAGGUGCACUGAGCCCCACAGAUGCCGAAAGCCUUCGAGGCCUGGUGGCGGGAGUAUCUGAGGCUGUCGAGGCACGUAUCCGAGGCGAAGAGUCUGCAGGCGAGCAAGUCCGCCGAGUGACGCAAGCCGUACAGAUAGCAGGAAUGGGUGCACCAGAGUAUUGGCUCAGCCAACUGCUACAGCCGUUGAAGAGUGUCUGCAUAUCUAUGGCUCAGGAGAUGAAGCUACUACCGCUCGUCAAAGAACAGGGGACGAAGUGUAUUUCCGCAGAGGAUAUGGCAAAACAGACUGGAUACGAUGCGCUUUUGAUCAGUCGAGUCAUGCGUACCCUGACCAAUGUCGGUCUGUGCGAGGAGGCUGGGCACAAUACGUAUAGGUCGAGUCAAGUCAGCCAGAUUGUGGCAAGCACAGGCGGCAUGGCCGGGGUGAAAGUCGCCUGCUUAUCAGCCAUAUCCGGGCGACCGAAAUGUUUCUGUUGA